AUGACUCGUCCAUCUAAGAGAAAAACUAGAGGAAAAGAGCAGAUACGAGACAAUAACGGGAAGUUUACAAAACGACCAAGGCUAUCUGAUGGAUGUGAUGAAUUAGGUGAUGAAUGGGGUGAUAAAAAUGACAGUGGAUGGGAUGAAGAGUUUAGUUUAUUAAACGAAAAAGAAGCUUUUGAAGAUAAACCUCUUGAGUUAACCUGGUCAGAUAACACCCACUUGGAAAAAACAAAACGCGGACCAUAUCUUACUGGGAAAAUAAAAAAAUCAACAUAUUUUGAUAAAUAUAGACCAAAUGGCUCCUUUACAAAAGCUGCAAAAGGAACCAUAAAAAUAUCAACUUUCAUGAAUAAUAAACCAAUACCGGAUGAUUUUGAAGACGUUCUUGAUGAUAUGGAUGAGGAAGAACGAAAUCAACUUGAUGUGGGUGAAAGAAUCGAAAAUUUAAAGCAUAUCGGCGGAUUUGUUCACUUUUGCAUAAUGCUAAAUUUUGAAUGA